UAUUGUUCUUCUUCUUCGACGCGGUGGCGAAGCAGGGACUUUUGCGAUUCCGUUGUCGAUCUGAAACGGUGUUAUUAAUGGCUGCGUCAUUAAUCAAAUUGAUUCACCCCACCACGAUCCAUCUUCAAUGCUUGGUCUUUGAUGUGAAAGGCGGUCUGAAAUCUAUAUAAAUAGAUAAUGUUCUUUUCCGAUUUGAAGUCCGGCGGCAAAUGUUCGUUCGUCGUCGAGGCUAGGCUCCUACGAUACUGGGAGGCUCGGAAUGUGAAACGCGGCGGUGAGCUGAUGUGGGUCGACAUGCUGAUGAUCGACGUCGAUGCGACCAUAAUGCAAGCCACCAUCUAUUCCAUCUCCGGUUUCGAUGUGGCCAGAUGUGCUCAGAGUUACAGGCUUUCCGACUCCCCUUUGCUGAUUCGGUUUAAUGAGUUAACCGAUUUUGAAGAGCUGACCGAGCCGGUUUCUCCCCUGCUUGAAGAAGGAUUCCGGUUCCGCAAUCAAUCUGAGCUCGCCGGAUUAGCUAACACGAACACACAGCUCCCAGACAUUAUAGGUGAGAUCACUUCGGUUAAGAGCACUGUGAGCGAUACUCUUGGAGACAAGAACCGUAUCAUGGCAACUAUCAAGCUGGAUAAUGAAACAACGGUCACUCUAAGCCUAUUCGAUGCUCAGGCUGUGUCUUUCCACAAUAAACUUGAAGACAUGAAUGGUGAUCCAAGGGUGAUUGUCACUACUAGCAUAAACCCAAAGAUGGUUGGAGGCGGGUUGUUCCUCAAUGCAACAUCAGGAACACACAUCUACUUUGACAUGGAGACAAAUGCAAGGGAGGUUUACUUCUACAAGCUGGUUGCUAGAGAAACUGGAGCCCCACCUGCUGCGCCAUUGCUGAAAGGAUAUCCAAAGGUCGAGACCCUGACCGUAUCAGAGCUCAAUAGUUUUAUAGCCUCUGCAUCAUCACAGGAAAUUGACUUUAUUUGCACCGGUAAAGUCGUUCGACUCGACGUGGACAAGGGAUGGUGCUAUGUUGCCUGCUCCAAAUGCAGUAAAAAGUUGCAGCGUACUGUUUCUGCUUUGGAGUGUAUGCGAUGCGGUAAUGCUAAUGCUGUCGGGGUUCUCCGGUGCGUAUUGUACUCUAAGUAUAUAAUUAGAUGUGUCUAUACGCAUAUACAUUCAAGACAGUGCUUUGACUUGAAGUAUGAAUAUCUAUUAUCUUUGUUUAUCAUGUGGAGUUGGCAAUUGCUGAUGAUACUGCUGAAGGUGCUUUCGUGUGUUUUGAUGGUGUGAUGACUAAGCUGCACAACCUCAGAGCAAGUGAAGCUGGUUAGAUGUUGGCUGAGGAAGGUGUAAUCCUGAAGAGUCUAGAGUUCCUCCAUUUAUCACAGACAUGGAAGAAAAAACGUACACGUUCCAAGUCAGGGUUAGUUCAUACAACUUCACUGCACACCAUCAGACAUUUACUAUCACACGCAGGGCCGUCCCUGCCAUAAGACCAGUGAAUCUGGAGCUUUAGGCCACAAAAUAGUUUACAAUUUUUGAGGCCACAUUUUUUAAUAAUGAUUAUAGUUAGGUUAAAACAUUAAUUUUUUACCUUUUGGUUCGGUUGGAGCCUUGCAUCUUCAAAGUUAAAUAUGUAUGUAAAAAAAAAGUUAAAUA